UUUGGCCAUUAAUCCAAAUGGCAACAAAAACACAAAGCAUACACAGAUAAAGUACAGCCCAAUUUCUCUCCACUUUCCUUCCACUAGCAGCCAUAAAAAACACUCUCACAAGAAAGAGAAGGGAAACAACAACAAUGGAGUGGAUGAUGCGAAAGACCAAGACGAAGAAGAAGCCGCCUCGAUUCGAGCGACUCAACGCCAAAAAGAACAUCAAUUACCAACUCCCCACCACCACCGCCACCGCCACCGCCACCACCAUCCAAUCUCCAACUCCAUCUCCUUCCGACGAAGAAACCAGUCUCCGUGUAUUGGGAAUCGACGGCGAAUUCGACCGUAUCUUUCAGAGUUUGGGCCUUUCUGGACCCGAAGAUUUCUCUAUCCCAACACAAGAUUGGGAAGCUCGGAAGGUUCGCUCUUCCAACCUUGCUUCAAUUUCAGUUUCUAAUGAUUCUGGUGUUGUGAUUGUUAGUGAUUCUCCUUCUUCCUCGGGGGAACAUGAUGUUAGGGAUGUUGUUGAUCCACUCAGAAACGGUGAAAGGAGUGUGCUUUUUACGGAUUCUGGUUCUUUCACUACUUCGCAUGAUUAUGAUAGUGAUGGUGGUGGUGGGGAGAGAACGGCGUUUCCUUAUGGGUGGCUUAAACCCACUUUUUCUUCGUGGCAAAAAGGUGCCGUUCUGGGAAAGGGUUCUUUUGGAACGGUUUAUGAAUGCUUCACCGACGAUGGAUACUUUUAUGCGGUGAAAGAGGUGUCUUUGUUGGAUGAUGGUAACCAGGGAAAACAAAGCAUUUUCCAACUUCAGCAGGAAAUAUCACUUUUGAGUAGGUUUCAACAUGAGAACAUAGUUCGAUAUUAUGGCUCAGACAAGAAUGAAAGCACACUGUAUAUAUUCCUUGAGCUUGUGUCAAAAGGGUCAUUGGCCAGUCUUUAUCAAAGCUAUCACCUAAAUGAUUCUCAAGUUUCUGCAUACACAAGACAGAUUUUAAAUGGCUUGAAGUAUCUUCAUGAAAAUGAUGUGGUCCACAGGGAUAUCAAGUGUGCUAAUAUACUGGUUGAUGUAAAUGGCUCAGUCAAGCUUGCAGAUUUUGGGUUGGCAAAGGCUACAAAAUUAAAUGAUGUUAAAUCAAGCAAAGGCUCCCCAUACUGGAUGGCUCCUGAGGUUGUUAACUUAAGAAACCAAGGUUACGGGCUAGCAGCUGACAUAUGGAGCUUAGGAUGCACGGUUUUAGAGAUGUUGACAAGGAAGCCACCUUACUUUGAAUUAGAAGGAAUGCAAGCAAUAUUUCGGAUUGGUAGGGGUGAACCUCCACCGAUUCCUGAAUCUCUAUCUAAUGAUGCUCGAGAUUUCAUUCUUAAAUGCUUACAAGUUAACCCAAGUAAACGCCCAACUGCAGCUCAACUAUCAAAUCAUCCAUUUCUAAGGAGACGAUUAAGCGCAGGUUCUCCACGUAUCAAUAGUAUUGUUCAUCCUUAAAUGCUCUUCAACACUUCCUAUAUGACAGAGAAUGUCAAAAUUUAUCAUCUAUUUCUCAAGUUAAUCCCCACACAUCUUGAGUUUAGACCGGUGGAAAUAUCCAUGAAAAGUAGCAUGGGUUUGCACAAUAUGUACUGGAGUUGGACCUCGAAACUCUCUGGUUGCUUAUCUCUAUCACCUCUUGUGUUGGACCUCGAAACUCUCUGGUUGCUUAUCUCUAUCACCUCUUGUGUUGGACCACCACACCGAUCCCAAGCUGAAGAUAAUUUCAUCAAAAGGCAAGAUUGCAUUAACAAAAUCAAGAGUUCCAAGAAGCUAAAUUUCCACCUCUAUGUCAAACGAGAAGAAGCAACGGCUCCUUAUCUUGCAGUAAGGACCUUCUUAUGAUUGGAGGGGGGGAAUCGGAGAAGUGAGGAUGAGAUGGGCUCUUCAAUUACAAUCAAGUGCUCUUUCCUGUAGUAUGCAGCCAAAAGGAGACUGCAAAUUUGCAACGGGCCUGAACAAUUGGUCAUUUGGAACAGAGUUGUCGAAACUUGCAGUCAUAUUGCUUCUACCGUUGCUUUUCAAGUCAUAAUUCCAAUCCUAAAGCAAUGGUUUUUGCAGUAUAUGCCCAUACAUUCACUUGAUCCAAUCAGGGUCUCAUACUCAUGGAAUUGUUAUUGCAUGGAAAUUCUAAAUUCAACAGUAUUGCAAAGUGGUGGCUGGUUGCUGAUAUUUGGUCAUGAAAGAUGCUGCCGCUACUGUACAAAUGUUGUGUUAUCUAUGCCACUAGAGUGCGAAGUUGUACAUGAUUUUUGUGAUCAAUUAAACUGUAUAUAAUUGUCACAGUUUUUUCUAGGAAACUACAAUAAUUUUAUCUAUUUUGUUUUCAUUUUGUGAAUUGAUUCUUGUAUCUUUAGAAUGCAAAAAGUGUUCUUUCAAAUGUAGGUGAACCUAACUCAUUUGAUGGAGGUGAUGUUGUACUCUAGCUUUAUUGCUAAAAAUGAAGAACGUGCUAUAUUUUUCUUU